UAGAUUCAUCGGAUGUAUCGGCCAGGCUGACAUGGAAGGACUUGACAGUCAUGGUCACGCUCCGCAACGGCGAGACUCAGACUGUUCUGGAAGGCCUUACCGGUUAUGCGGAGCCGGGUACGCUCACCGCCCUCAUGGGCCCGUCCGGCUCUGGAAAGUCUACUCUUCUUGAUGCUCUCGCUAGCAGGCUUGCUACAAAUGCUUUCUCCUCAGGGCAUGUGCUUCUCAAUGGCAGGAAGACUAAGCUCUCCUUCGGAGCUGCGGCGUAUGUGACGCAAGAUGAUAAUUUGAUUGGGACGCUGACCGUGAGGGAGACGAUCAUGUAUUCUGCUAAGUUGAGGCUGCCAGAUAAGAUGGCUGCUGAGGAGAAGAGGGCGCUGGUCGAGGGGACGAUUAUUGAGAUGGGGCUUCAGGAUUGUGCUGAUACUGUGAUUGGAAAUUGGCACUUGAGGGGGAUUAGUGGAGGAGAGAAGAGGAGAGUUAGCAUUGCUCUUGAGAUUUUGAUGAGGCCCAGAUUGCUGUUUCUGGAUGAGCCUACCAGUGGUCUUGACAGUGCUUCCGCGUUCUUUGUGACACAAACACUUCGGAGUCUAUCAAGAGAUGGUCGCACUGUUAUUGCGUCUAUUCAUCAGCCGAGCAGUGAGGUUUUCGAACUGUUUGAUCGACUGUAUUUGCUUUCAGGAGGCAAAACUGUUUAUUUUGGGCAGGCUUCAGACGCUUAUGAUUUCUUUGCUCAAGCUGGGUUCCCCUGUCCAUCUCUGAGAAACCCAUCAGAUCAUUUCCUUAGGUGUGUAAACUCUGAUUUUGAUAAGGUGAAGGCAACUCUCAAGGGAUCUAUGAAGAUGAAGUUCAAAAGGAGCGAUGACCCUCUAGAGAAAAUUACAACAGGCGAAGCAAUCCGAAGGCUUACUGAAUUCUAUGCCUGUUCUCAGUAUUAUUAUGCAGCUCGAGAGAAAGUAGAUGAGAUAUCUCGUGUUAAAGGAACAAUCUUGGACUCAGGAGGAAGCCAAGCGAGCUUUUUAAUGCAGGCGUGUACUUUAACUAAGCGUUCAUUUGUUAACAUGUCGCGAGAUUUCGGAUACUAUUGGCUUAGGCUCCUGAUUUAUAUCAUUGUUACUAUCUGUAUCGGGACUAUUUACUUUAAAGUGGGAACGGGUUACAACUCAAUUCUGGCUAGAGGUGCUUGUGCUUCUUUCGUCUUUGGCUUCGUCACUUUCAUGUCCAUCGGAGGAUUUCCUUCAUUUGUAGAAGAUAUGAAGGUUUUUCAGAGAGAGAGGCUCAACGGCCACUAUGGUGUGGCUGCAUUUGUCAUUAGCAAUACUCUCUCGGCGAUGCCAUUCUUGAUAACGAUAACGUUCCUCUCAGGAACAAUAUGUUACUUUAUGGUUCGCCUUCACCCGGGCUUUAUUCAUUACCUCUUCUUCGUGUUGUGCCUCUAUGCCAGUGUUACAGUGGUUGAGAGCUUGAUGAUGGCUAUAGCCAGUGUUAUACCCAAUUUCCUCAUGGGAAUUAUUAUAGGAGCUGGGAUUCAGGGAAUCUUCAUGUUAGUCUCCGGCUACUUCAGACUUCCUCAUGACAUCCCAAAGCCUGUCUGGCGAUACCCGAUGACCUACAUCAGCUUCCAUUUCUGGGCAUUACAGGGCCAAUAUCAAAACGACCUCCAUGGCUUAAUAUUUGAUAAUCAGAGCCCAGACCUCCCGAAGAUUCCAGGCGAUUAUGUUCUUGAAAAUGUUUUCCAAAUUGAUGUCCGCAGGUCAAAAUGGGUGGACCUGACAGUUCUCUUCAGUAUGAUAGCAAUAUAUCGCAUUCUCUUCUUUGUCAUGAUCAAGAUCAGCGAGGAUGUGUCUCCAUGGAUCAGAGGCUAUAUUGCAAGGAGAAGGCUAAAGAACAGGCACAAGAUCAAUGGGUCAUCGAUUGGUCUCGUUAAUAGGACUCCUUCUCUCAGGGGCUAUGUUGUAGAACCAAACACCUCAAGUUCUGAGGUCUGAACUGAAUCAGAAGUUUUUUCUUCUCCAUACAGAAAAAAAAAAUGUGAUUAUAUUUGAUAAUAAGUAAUGUCAUUUGUUUAAAUAUAAGUUUUUGUUUAAAUAUAAUUUUGUAUUA